CCUGAUUGGAAAUAAAUGUGACAGGACAGACGGAGACUGAUGCGAAAGACGGUCGAGCCAACAAGAAAAUAAAAUGGCGAAUUUUCUUCCUCGUUCCCUUGGUCUUGCUGAAACUUAUUUACUGAAAAAUGGGUCUAAGUUACUGGCAGCCACAUGCGGAUCCAGCCUUCCAAGCAAGCAGCAAGUACGACACUUGAAUGUUCACGAGUAUGUGAGUUACACUCUUCUGAGUGAAAAUGGCAUUCCUGUACCAAGGUUCAAUGUGGCCAAGACCAAGGACGAGAUAGUAAAGUUUGCACAAGAACUCAACACAAAAGACAUAGUGCUGAAAGCCCAGGUAUUAGCUGGUGGCAGAGGAAGAGGUGCAUUCAAGAAUGGCCUGAAAGGAGGCGUCAGAAUGGUGCCUACGCCUGAGCAGGCAGGCGAGAUCGGCGGUAAAAUGCUGAAGCAGCUGUUGGUGACGAAGCAGACGGGCCCCGCCGGCCGCAUCUGCAACAUGGUGAUGGUGACUGAGAGGAAAUUCCCGCGCAGGGAGUUCUACAUUGCCGUCAUGAUGGAGCGCAGUUUCAAUGGCCCUGUCAUAAUCGCGUCUUCGCAAGGCGGCGUGAACAUUGAGGAUGUAGCCGCGGAGAACCCUGACGCCAUCACCUACGAGCCUAUCGACAUUGUCACCGGAAUCACUGACGAACAAGUCAACAGAGUCAUCAAGAAGAUUGGCUUGGAAGGAAACGCAGCCGAGGCAUCUGAUGUGAUAAAAAAAAUGUACGACUUAUUUUGUAAGAGUGACGCGCUCCUGAUCGAGGUCAACCCUUACGCUGAAGAUGCCAUAAACGGCAAAUUCUUCUGCUUAGACGCCAAAUUCAGGUUUGACGACAAUGCGGAUUUCAGACAAAAGAAAAUAUUCGCCUACAGGGACACUACACAAGAGGAUCCUAAAGAGAUUGAAGCUGCCAAAUUCAACUUGAACUACAUUGCGCUUGAUGGUAACAUCGGGUGCAUGGUGAACGGCGCCGGCCUGGCCAUGGCCACGAUGGACAUCAUCAAGCUGUACGGCGGCGACCCCGCCAACUUCCUCGACGUGGGCGGCGGCGCCACCGCGCAGGCUGUCUCCGAAGCAUUCAAGAUCAUUCUAUCGGACCCGAAAGUGACAGCCAUCCUGGUGAACAUUUUCGGAGGCAUCAUGCGCUGCGACGUGAUCGCGGAGGGCAUCAUCAACGCGGCAAAAAAUCUGAACAUCCAGAUCCCUGUUAUUGUCCGUCUACAGGGAACGAAAGUGCACGAGGCGCGGAAACUGAUCGCCGAGUCCGGGCUGCGCAUCGUGCCGCGCGACGACCUGGACGAGGCGGCGCAGCUCGUGGUGCAGCUCUCCGAGAUCGUGGCGCUCGCGCGCAAGGCCGGAGUCGAGGUCCAGUUCGACAUACCCAGAUACAUGAUCGAGCAGUAAACAGUAUUAACAGAAGCGGACUUAGAUCUAGAUGAACCACUUCUUUCUGGUCAAUGUGAAGCCAAUAGGAUGUUUUAUAUUUUGACCAACUUUUUUUUGGUAUAUUUUACAGAUAUAUUUACAGUUUAGUUGAUGACGAUCAGUACAAAUGCCGAAUGAAAAAAGAGGUUCAUUUAUCGCCCUUUUACUACUCACAGAGUCUAUCUAGAUAUUUGUCCGUGUUUAGCCCCAUUAUUCGCCACAUUACCAUCAGUCUUACGACCUCGCCAUCACAUCUUACGAGAAACAUUCGAUCAUAUUAUUGUAAUUUCACUAUCUCUUUGAUGUAUCGACUCGUGUUUCGAUGUUAACUUUUAAGAUUUAUGCAGAGUAUUGUUUUAGUUUUUAGAUAUUUUUGGUUUUAUUUUUCUAUUUACACAAUUUUAUGGAUAUAUUUUUGACAGCCUUUGUGAUAAAUUAAUUUAUCAAAUAUAAUGUAAGUGUAUGUGCUGUAGUCGAGAAAAGAAUAUUGGUAAAGCAUUGUUACGGGAAUACGAGUUGUUUGACAACAUUUAAGUAGAAUAGCUUCGUUCAUUUUUAUUUAUUUAUUUAAAUAACAUUGAAUUGUUAGUAGAUUAAGAUAUUGUUGGUUGUUAAGUAGUUAGCUUAAAUCAAUUUGUGGGGUUCUAUAAUCCGCCACUUUCUGUUACUUCUCCUAUGACUUCUGUUAUAAAUUAUUUGAUUAAUAUAGCAUUUACACGUCAUAUGAUAUGUACCUCAAGUAUGGGAGAUUGUAAAGUAUAAAUUAUACGCGUUUCUUAUAGUAUCGAAAGGAAACCGCGUUAUUACACAACGUGAUGCAGUCAUUUCGUGUUAAGAAUUUAUUGUUUAUUUAAACUAUUGAAUAGUGGAAAAUAACUGUAGUGCAGGUUACUGUUGAUGUAAUUGUUCUGAAAUAUUAUCAAUGUCUUAAGACAUCGUCAAGACGUGUAUCAGCGCAAUAAUUGUAUGUUAGUACUUUAUGUACAUGUUCUUUCUUCCUUGUAAUUAUUUACGUAUCCAAUUGGAGAAAUAAAUAUGAGGACUUGGUCGGAAAGUUAAAGUACAAUAUUGUUUGAUCUUGUAUAUUGAUAUAAUUUAAUUUAUUGGCUUGAGAAAAACGUAAUAAAAUCUAAUUUAGAUCUG